GCGCUUUAUUAAUUAUGAUCCUUGCCUUCUUCAAUACUGUAGAUGCUACAUAAAUCGUUUAGUUUCAUCAUUUUUAUGCAACUUGUACAUUCAUACAGAACAUUAAAAAAAUUGGCAUUUUCUCGGAAAGCUGCUUUAAUUCUUCGUAAGGAAUCUGUUUUUUUUUUCAUGUUGAAAAAAAAGGAAAGAAAUAAGUUCUUUUUAAAGGGGAAAAAGAGACUAGUCCAAGGGAUCUUGCACUAUACUUGCCUUCCUAUAAAUAGCCCAAGCAGACCAUCAAAUUUUCUAACGAAACAAAGAAACAUAAACCAGAGCUAAUUAAAGAUACAUAAGUUCUCGAUCUUUGGAGGGAGCCGUCAGAUCAGAAUCUGAUCAUGGACAAGGUGAUGAGAAUGUCAUCAGAGAAAGGAGUUGUGAUCUUCACCAAAGACUCAUGUUGUCUUUGCUACGCCGUGCAGAUCCUUUUCCGUGACCUUAGGGUUCAACCAACCAUCCACGAGAUCGACAAUGAUCCUGACUGCCGUGAGAUAGAGAAGGCCUUAGUCCGUCUUGGCUGCACCAACGCUGUUCCUGCUGUUUUUGUCAGUGGCAAGCUGGUGGGUUCGACCAACGAAGUCAUGUCGCUUCACCUAAGUGGCUCCCUUGUUCCAUUGAUCAAGCCGUAUCAGUCAUUUCAUAACUAGAAAAUGAAUGGAUCCUUAAGAAAAGAUAAUUGGUAUGUUGAUUAGAUAGUAAAUAAUGAUGGAAAUAUUACACGUAAAUGUGUAUCAUGUUCUUAUAUAUAUAGCUAAUUUUUAUAUUUUGUUUUGCUAAUCAUGUCAGAAACAUUUAAUUAGCUAGCUUUGUAUUUUCCAGCUUAAUCAAUCAGUGGAUGUACUGAUGUGUUAUCUAUUGUAAUGGAGAAACUAUAUAUCAUAUGUUAUGUUGCUUUUCGU